AUGGAAAUUCUCAAUGAUGGAUCCGCAUCCACUUUUUUAGUGACACCUCUGUCCUCUUCUUCAACGUCACGGAGCGCUUUCUUACAUCCACCAGCUCGAUUCACUCCCGCUCAGCCUCACUCCUAUUCUUUUGAGCCGCAAAGCGUCGCACCAAGUGUCAGCAGAACCCGGAAGCGACGCUCGCUCGCGCUCGACAUCGUCCAGCCAGAACGGCUGCGCUCGUCCUCUUCCGAACGCACACCCAGAGGAGGGUGCUGGCAUCACCGACAGCGUCAGUUCGCCACCAUGCCAGCCGAUCCACACUCGUUGGAGGCCCUGCGUGAAGCAGAGGAGACCUUCCGACGAUGCGAACAGGGUCGCAUCGCCCUACCAGAAGUCAAGCAACGUACACCGACACGCGACGCACCCUAUCAACAGCACCGUCUUGACCCAUGGGUCGGGUUUGACAAGUCAAGAACGCUUCCGAUCCCGCCAGACGUAUUCACCGGCAUCAGAAGCGCUAGUCCGACAGCUACACAAUCCCUCUUUCCAUCGAUCCGUAGAGCUUGCAUCACCGUCGACAACAAGGUCUACCUCUGGUCCUACCUCGAGGGUCAGGCUGCCUUCGAAUUCUACUGCGUUCCUGAAGAUCAGAUCGUCAUUGCUGCGAGCGUAGUACCGGUACGAUCAGGUGUGUUUGCCGACAUCGUCACUCAUGUGCUGGUGCUCAGCGUCGGCGCUUCGGUCCGUGAAGGCAAGUAUGUCAAGGUGCUCGGCCUCUCGUAUACCCAGAAUGGCGAUCACUCAAAGGUGGAGGUGCUCGAGGCGGGAAUGAACGCCAACACAAACGGCGUCGUCCUCGACAAUCUCACGGGUACCGACAGUGGUCGCAUCUUUGCUACUGGUUCCGACAACUGCCUUUACGAGCUCGUCUACCAGCGAAACGAAGGCUGGUUCACCAGCAAGUGCUACCUGCGCAACAUCACCAGCCCGCGCCUCUCGAACCUCUUGCCCACCUUUGUCAAGGCCGAAAAGAAGCUGCUCUACAUCACGGUCGACAACGCCCGCCAGCUCGUGUACACGCUUCGUCAAGGUGACUUGAUCGAGGUGUUCAGCCUACCAUCCAAGGAUCCCUCUUCAGCACCCGAAAGGCGCGGUCAGACCGUCGGGACGUCGGGACAGCAAGGCACUCCACAUGCGCGCUACGAUGUCGGCUCGAUCGUGUGGAUCGGACCUGUCGAGCGUGAGGCUCGCUUCAAUGUGGUUCUGCUUGCUGUCACCGAUCGUGGCUACCGCAUCUUCCUCGACAAUUUCCAGGGCCGUUCCGAGCCUGCCAUCACCGUUCGCGCGCCUCCAGCGCUCCAGCAACCUCCGGGUGUUGCGGCCGCGUCGGCUUCUGGAGGCUACUUGCAACAACAGGCUCCGCAGCAGCAACAGCAACUCGUACAGCAGCAAACCAUCACCAGAGCCGUCUCAUCCGUAUUCUACGCCGGCGAUGUCUUUAUGAUGGGCUUCAACUAUAACAACCUCCCUUGCCAAAUCUGCUGCGUGACACCGGCGCUCAAUGCCAACUCCACCACCACAGGUCCCGUCGAAAAGGCUACCUUCAUCGACCUCGAACUGGCACUCAGCACGCCAGUGUUCGCCGAGGCGCCUCCCUCUCGCAAACCUCCUCAGAUCACCGACAACGGCGAGCUGGUACGACCAACCUACGCUCAGGCCCUCCGAGCGCCGCGCAGUUUCCUUGUGCUCGACAACAAUGGCCUCACCGAGCUUGUUGAACGCCGCCCGGUUGACACGUUACGAGGCCUGCUCGAAUCUGGCGCUGCUGUCAACAGCGCUGCCAUGGUGCAAUUCUUUGGCUCGUAUGGCUCCAUCGAAGCAUGCGAGACAGCCCUCGCCGUCGCCGCGCACAAUUCUCAGGUGGCCGCUCCUCGCGUCACCAUCGGCUCUUCCGGAGGAGUGCCGGCAGGGCUCGCACAGACCAUCUCGGAAGAGGUGGUGGCACUUGCGUCUCGAGUCUUCUUCAGCCAGUACGGCUCGUGGCCUGCCGACACCACCGUAUCGGCGGCAUUGUCUACACCGAGAACGUCGCGCCACGACGGUCUGGCUCUGUACAUUGCCUGCAUCCUCAAACGCGUUUGGGAUCGCGCGAUCAUGCCUCCUGAGCCGGCCAAGCCAGGGGCCAAGCCUGCCGCAACGCCAGCAUCAAGCAGCGCACUCACCAGCUACCGCCCUGCCGGCUCGGUGUCCAGUCAGUCCACCGGCUCCAAGCUGCCGCUUCGAAAGGAGGAUCUCGAAGAGACGCUUCAAGACCUCGUACCGCUCCACGACUUUAUGCAGCAGAGCGCAAAGCUGUUCGGUCUCGGCGGCUCAUCUGCGGCCAACCGCAGCUUCGUCAAUAACGUCGGCUACGACCAAGAACGUGCUGCCAAGCUAGACCAGGAGAGCUUCAGCAAACUCAAGGCGCUCGUCUCGCGAGCGACAGAGGCAACCAACUUCAUGCUCUUCCUGAUCGACCAUGGUCUCAAGCCCUUGAUCGAUUCGUGCUCUCCCGAAGCCAAGACUGUCAUCGCGAAUCUGCGCUUCGGUCAGCUGAUCACCUCGGAGGAAGGCAAGCGCGCCUCCAAGGAGCUCGUCACUGCCCUCAUUGAGGCGCGCAUUGGUGCUCAGGUCAGCAUCGACGCUGUUGCUGAUGCGCUUCAGGCUCGAUGUGGAAGUUUCUGCUCCGCGGACGAUGUGCGACAGUACAAGGCUACCGAGUGCAUCCGUCGAGCCAAAGAGACGCGGUCCGAGCAGGACAAGCUGGACAAUCUACGAAUGAGCCAGAAGUUGCUGGCCAAGGGUGCGAGCCAGCUAUCGGUGGAGAAGCUGCGCGGUAUCUGCCAGGACUAUCGAUCGCUCGGCUACGCUACGGGUGCGAUCGAGCUCGCCUUGCAAUGUGCUGCCGAGUGGGAUCCUGCGGGAAUUGCUGCUUCGUACCUCGCGGAAGGCGGUCCGGACGGCCCCGAGCACCGAGCACGACGCGAAGUGGCAGAACGACUCAAGCAAGCCUACCAGCUGGUGUUCGAGACUCUGCAGCAACUCGACGAGCGUCUCGACGCCGCUUACAACCUCGAAGGCGACGAAGCCCAGGUACGACUCGCCAUCAGCACCCGCGACAAGGCACGCACCGAAGCCUACGCGCGCGCCGAAGCUUCGCAAGACGCCCUCUUCCACGAAUGCAUGUACGGCUGGUUGAUCGAACGCAAGAUGACCGACCAGCUGCUGUCGAUGCGCACGCCGUAUCUGGAGCAGUUCCUCGUCAAGCGGCCGGCGGGUGUCAAGGGUCACGAUGCCGCGUUCCUGCGUACUUUGCGUAAUUUGUUGUGGCAGUUUUACGUUCGUCACGGCGAGUACUUUGCUGCUGCGCAGGUGUUGGAUGCUUUGGCGCACUCGAAGGAAUUCGUGUUGGAUCUGCGCGAGAGAAUCGAGUACCUCGCGUUGGCUGUGGGGAAUGCCAAGUCGGUCUCUCCGUCUCACGUCGAGGCGAACGAUGUGGUGACGUUCCUCUCGCAGGCGGAGGACUCGCUGGAAGUGGCGCAGAUCCAGGCACGUGUGCUGCAGUCCUUGCAGCAGAUCGGACCGGAUGAAUUGGACGCUGAACGAUCCGCCCUUCUCUCCGACUCGAUCGAAUGGCUCAACGAAGAGCUUCUCGACCUGUCGACGCUGUACAAGAACCUGGCUGAACCGUUCGAGCUGCUGGAAGAGCAGCUCGCGAUGAUCGCAUCUGCCGAAUUGAAUGACGUCGCGCUCGUCUCGGAGCUCUGGAUCGCACUCAUCUCGAGGCAAAACGAAAGGAGUCGCGCGGACGAAGCGUACAAGGCCAUCAGCGGGUUGACGGUGGAGCUGUUUACGCGGUUGGACAGGAGCGAAGUGGCAUGUCCGAUCGACAACGUCUUUGAUCUGCUGUUGAGAUAUGGGUUUGAGCAGACUCGCUCGUCCGAUGGUGGUGCGGAGGACAGCAUUCCUGCUGGAUUCCGUAGGAGGACGGAUGAGGACGAUCAGGGCGCGGUUGAUAUUCCGGAAGGUUGGGCGAGUCAGACGAUGUUGAGGGCAACAGGAGCGCCCGAGUUGAUCCUAGACAUUUUGGAGUCUGCUCUUUUGACUAGGCCUCAACCGUGGAACACUGCUGAGGGUCAGUCGUAUCUACAGGCGGAAAUGGUCGAGUUUGCGAGGACGUGGAUCGAGCUCUCUACUACUUCGGGUGCCAACAGUGGUGCCAAAGGAAGCGCAUUCGCAACCGAUCUGGUUUCGUUGACCAACGUACAGGUGCAGAGAUUGUUCGCACUGCUUAACUCGAUCAUCGUAAAGACUUCGCAGUCGGCCGGUGCGUCGGGUACGGCGGAUACCGCGAGGAAAGCGUUGGAUCUGCUCAAGCUGUAUUACUAG